GCGCGAGGCGCGGCUUCAACCAUUCCCUGGUUGCCUUCUCUCGCCUUGGAAGAGGACGUGGCGGCGUCCCUGCCUUCCCUGCGCUGGGCUGCCAUGCGGUCCAUUGAGACCCGCCGCCUCCUUCGGUAUUUUCUGACUUUGAAGAUCCUGUAUUACAAGUUGGUCCUGCUCACAAUGUGUCAACGAGGCACCGAGGGGAUACUUGGGAGCGUGACUUUGAAAGGGACGAGUCGUCUGUGAAGCAAUAGGAAACAGGAGAUGCUCAGCCCUGCUGAGCACUGUGGAUCUGUCAAGCUUUUUCCUGCAAUACAGUGGAUCCAGUUUGCUGUGGCUACUCUGAGUGUUAUAGGUUCCAGCUCCCUUAUCACCUACAUCGUGUUCCAGAACCCACAGACGUCUGCAGAGAUAAAGCCACUCUUGUAUCUGAGCUUCUCUGACUUGCUCCUGGGAAUCUGCUGGCUCAUAAAGGCACUUGUAUAUGGAACUGCAGUAACCCACAAGGACAGCAUCUGUUAUAACCUGCAGACUACUGGAGAGAUUUUCUACCUUUCGUCACUCCUCUACACCGUCAGUUACAUCUGGUGUCUGUACACAGAGCUGAGGAGGAAGCACGGCCAGAGUGUGCGGAACACAGCUGCACAGGUGACAGAUUAUGCUUGUCAAGGUGGUCAAAUAAUGUUCCUUUUGUCAAGCAUGGUACCUCUGCUAUUGAUGACACCUGUGUUCUUUCUGGGCAACAUCAAUGAAUGUUUCCACAACUUCAGCCAGAGCCACAGGUGUAUCCUAAUGCACUCACCACCAUCAGCCACGAUUGAGCCCCUGCCUCUCACCAGCACGUCUGUGUGCAGCACUCUCUAUCUCUAUGGUGUCACUGUUUUUCUGGCCAGCUUUUCCUUCAGCUUUGUCAUCAUCACGGUCUUACUUGUCCGUGCCCAGAUGUUAUAUAAGAAGUUUCUGAAGUCCAUGGGCUUUCUGGAGAGUGAGCAGUGGGCAGUGAUUCACACAGUGGGUCAGCGAGCAUGCUUCUUCCCAGUGGCCUUUGUGUGCUGCUGGGGCCCAGCUGUCACACUGCUGAUCAUGAAGCUGACGGAGCCUCAGGAGACCUCCCUGCACAUGGCCUUCUCUGUGCUCCAGGCUCUUACAGCAGCAUCCCAGGGGCUGCUCAACUGUGGCAUUUAUGGCUGGACACAGUGCAAGUUCCAGCAGAUAAAGCGCGAGCCUCGCCGUGACGCAGACACUCAGACCCCACUGCUGUGCUCACAGAAGAGAGUUUACAGCAGAAGCCCAAACCCACCGGAGUCUCCUCCUGCCUUUGCUUCCAGCUCUUCCACCAUUCUCUGAGGCUCUGUAACUGGAACAUCCAGGGAGGGACUGUUUGACAUGAGUGGACUCUCCUCUGGCCAUACCCCAGACUGAAGAGCUGAAAGGAAAUGUAGGACUGUGGUCAGUAGCAGUCUGGGUGAAUUUAGAAGGGGCUCUCCGACUGCUCGUUCAGGGAGAUAGAGCCACUUUCCAUCUAAGAGACUCAUUACUUUGACAAGUACUAGAUUAAUUUAUAUCUCUUGAAGAAAAAAUAAAUUUCAGGUUCAUA